CCGCGGCGGCCGCCAGGUUUUUCAGGUCUGCGGUCCUAGUCUCCUGUCGGUCUACAGGGCCAGGGCUCUGAGGAGAAUGGAUCCUUCUUUGGAUACAUGGGACUUCUCACCUUUAAUAUCAUUGUGGAUAAACAGGUUUUACGUAUAUUUGGGCUUUGCUUUUGGCUUUAGCCUUUGGAUUUGUUUCCAGAUUGUCAUCAGGAGGCAGUUGGGAAAAGAUUCAAACUUGAUGGAUUUUGUGCAAUCGUUUAUCCUCAAGGACAAGAACUCACAGGAGAAAUCUGUUUCAAAAGCAACUCAGGAUUUGAUGACAAAUGGUGAUCUCUCUCUUCAAGAGAAGGAAGUCUUUGUGUCUGGAGUAAAGAUUUUCUAUGGUUCCCAGACUGGUACAGCAAAGGGAUUUGCAACAAUUCUUGCUGAAGCAGUUAGCUCCCUAGGUCUGCCUGUCGCAAUUAUUAAUCUGAAAGAAUAUGAUCCAGAUGAUCAUCUAGUAGAAGAGGUUACUAGUAAAAAUGUUUGUGCCUUCCUGGUUGCAACAUAUACUGAUGGUCGACCAACUGAGAGUGCAGAGUGGUUCUGCAAAUGGUUAGAGGAAGCAUCCAUCGAUUUUCGAUUUGGCAAAACUUACCUGAAGGGUAUGAGAUAUGCGGUGUUUGGCCUGGGAAAUUCUGCCUAUGCGAGCCAUUUCAACAAGGUUGGCAAGAAUGUUGAUAAGUGGCUCUGGAUGCUCGGUGCUCACCGCCUGAUGACUCGAGGGGAGGGCGACUGUGAUGUGGUUAAAAGCAAACAUGGCAGCAUUGAAGGCGACUUCAGAGCUUGGAAGACCAAGUUCAUCUCGAGGCUACAGGCACUUUCUAAAGGAGAGAAAAAAUCCUGUGGUGGCAACUGCAAGAAAGGCAGAUGCAAAUCUAAUCAGCACAGCUCAGAGGAGAUGGAGGCAGAGUCUCACACUCAAGACAGAUUGCAUCAGAGAGACACCGAGGAGGAGGAGCCCCUUGAGAGCACCAGUGAGGAAGAGUCUGAUACUGAGGACCAUCAGAGUCUAAAUUCUGUCAUUGAUGUUGAGGACCUCGGCAAAAUUAUGAAUCAUGUGAAGAAAGAAAAGAGAGAAAAGGAGCAGCAGGAAGAGAAAACUAGUUUGUUCAGGAACACAGCAAAGAAUGAAGCCAGUGAAAGAAGAGCUAUGAUAACUCCUGCUCUCCGAGAAGCCCUUACUAAACAAGGUUAUCAGUUAAUUGGGAGCCACUCUGGGGUGAAGCUUUGCAGGUGGACAAAGUCGAUGCUCCGAGGGAGAGGAGGUUGCUAUAAACAUACAUUCUAUGGCAUCGAAAGCCAUCGUUGCAUGGAAACUACUCCGAGCUUGGCAUGUGCAAAUAAAUGUGUCUUCUGUUGGCGGCACCACACCAAUCCAGUGGGCACUGAAUGGCGGUGGAAAAUGGACCAGCCUGAAAUGAUCUUAAAGGAAGCCAUCGAAAACCAUCAGAGCAUGAUCAAGCAAUUUAAAGGAGUUCCAGGUGUCAAGGAAGAACGCUUUGAAGAAGGAAUGACAGUAAAGCACUGUGCAUUGUCACUUGUAGGAGAGCCCAUCAUGUACCCAGAAAUCAACAGGUUUUUGAAACUACUCCACGAGUAUAAAAUCUCCAGUUUCCUGGUCACAAAUGCACAAUUCCCUGCAGAAAUCAGGAAUCUCAAACCAGUUACCCAGCUGUAUGUCAGUGUGGAUGCUAGCACCAAAGACAGUCUGAAGAAAAUCGACCGCCCACUCUUCAAGGAUUUCUGGCAAAGAUUCCUCGACAGUUUAAAAGCCUUGGCAGCAAAGCAACAGCGGACUGUCUACAGACUGACUCUAGUGAAAGCAUGGAAUGUGGAUGAACUCCAGGCCUAUGCUGAGCUGGUGUCCCUGGGGAGUCCUGACUUCAUCGAAGUAAAGGGUGUUACCUACUGUGGAGAGAGUUCGGCAAGCAGUCUUACCAUGGCCAAUGUGCCCUGGCAUGAGGAAGUGGUACGCUUUGUCCAUGAGUUGGUGGAUCUGAUCCCCGGCUAUGAAAUUGCUUGUGAACAUGAACACUCCAAUUGCCUCCUGAUAGCUCACAAAAAGUUUAAGAUUGAUAGAGAAUGGUGGACGUGGAUCGAUUAUAACCGCUUCCAGGAGCUCAUCCAGGAAUAUGAAGACAGCGGUGGAUCAAAAACUUUCAGCGCAGAAGAUUAUACGGCUAAAACUCCUCCCUGGGCUUUAUUUGGUGCCAGUGAAAGAGGCUUUGAUCCCAAGGACACAAGAUAUCAGAGAAAGAACAAAUCAAAGGAUGUUUCUGGAUGUUGAGAUUAUCUGACUUCAGGAUACUGAAGGACAAAAACUGAUGGCCCCAGAAGGUUCUCAGACUCCACUGUGAUUUUUUCCAAGGACAAACUAACACAAAUUAUAUUUCAUAUUGAGGAGACCAUAAGGCAAAACAUGGGAAUGCAAGUUAGGUCCCGGGGUUGGGGAAGGCAGCAUCCAAACUUUGAGUGCCUGGGACUCGGCCUCACCGUUUCCAGAACUCAGUCCCCUUCCUGAUUUACUUCUGAGAGGAAAGUCAUUUUAGGGGGGAAGUACACAUCCUUAUUAGAAUAUAACUGACAGUUUUGAAUUAUAAUUAGUAAGCCUCCCUAGAAUGCUAUUCAGAAAAGUGUUGUGCAGAAUGAAUAUCUCUUCCUCUUCCCCUCGUGGGCUGUUGGCUUUUGUGGAUUAUACUCCCUGAGGUGAGUGUAUCUGCUCCCUCUAAGACCUCCAUCUUUCUCUUAUAUCUUAAGAUAACACCUCCUGAAAGUAAUUUAAGUUGUCAUAAUUCUCAAUUAUUUUUAAAUACCACAUAGAUUACUUUAAAUUUUUUCUUAGUGCCAAUGCUUUAGAAAUUGAGUUGGAUCUGAAACUGUGCUAGAUCUCAUUGUGUUGCCAUACGAAUUGCCAUAGAAGGUAACAGAUAGGCUGGAUUAGAGUAAAAGUUCUCUUCUGUAAGAGGAAUUGCCAUAGGAUGUCAUUGAAUAAUUAGUCUCACAAACAAACUGUGAAACAGUACGAUUUGCUUUUUGUUGAAAAAGUCAGUGUUUAAGCCUCUUAUUGCUGCACAUGUAGCAGGUCUCCGGCUUCUUUCACUCUGUAGCCCCAGCUACUUCAUGCCAUCUGUUCUUUAUGGUUCAAGUUUUUUCUAAUUGGAAACAUCAUUAACUACUCAGUAGGUUUUUUUAAAGUAUCGUAGUUAUUUUUAAAAUUCCUUUAUCCUAAAAUUUUAAUUAAUAAAACAUCUUUUGUAAAGACUUA